AUGGCAAACACGAUAGCGGAUAGACGGCGUGUUUACCUCGCCUGUCGAGCCAUCUUCGUGGGCCAGAAAGCGGAGCUACGGAAACAGAAAAAGAUACGCGAAGAGAUCGAGAGGUGGCCACAGGUGUUAAGGUCACUUACCCAUGGCUUGAGCAUAGAGAAUGUGGUCGAGAUCCUUCGCGACCUCCUAUCACGGCAUAUCUUUAAAUCAGAAGUCAAGGCGAAGGCGGAAUUUCCCGAAUUGUUCCACACACCACCGGAACAGGAGGUCAAACGUGAAGCAUCUGAAGUUAAAGCUGCUAAAUCGACAGCCGAGGUACUAGACGAAGUUGCUAGUGUAGGACAAAACGACGCCGAAUGCAAUGCCGGAGUUGAGGAACAUGCUACUAAGCAAACCAACGAGAACGCCGUCAAACAGACCGACGAGGACGUCAUCAAACAAACCGAUGAGGGUGUCACUAAGCAAGUUGAUGAGGACGCCACCAAGCAAGCUGAUGAGAAUUCCACCAAUCAAACUGGCGAGGUGCUUAACGGGACUGAAAGAGAUAGUCCACACCCUAAAAUCGAGUUCCCAAGCACCGGAAAUGUAACUUCACAACAGCUAGUCACACUGCCUUCACUAUACCCGACAUACAUUCCGUAUAAGGCACAGCAUAUUAUACUAAGUGAGGCGCAACGUAUGCUAGAGGAAAGUUGCUUCGAAUUUACUAGAAAACAUAUGCCGGCACUUCUCGAGAAUACAGGGUUGGACUGCGCUAGUUCACUCGAACUGACAAAAUGGACGCGACUGCUGGCUAAGAUGGCUGACGAGAUACCCGAAACGGCGUUUGACUUGGGAGCAACACCUUUGAGAGAGGUGCUAUUCUCAACAGACAAAUUGCGACAUAGCGCGGUUCAUAGGGUCCCGAUGACUGCCCGUGGUAUAAAAGAUCUACUCAAGUCAGCAGUGACCCUUGCAUUUACAAUUGGUGACCACAAGCAUGCGGGCCAACUCGAAGAGAUAUGCUACGAGCUAGACAAUAAAGUCAAAGCGAUGGAGAUGAAUAAAAAUGCACUGGUGUAUUCUGCCACAGCCGAUCUGCAGGAUAUUCAACGGCGGCGAGAAGAGUUGGAUAACCUGGAGAAAGAAGUGCUUGCCACCAUGGUGAGAAAUGAUCAGAAGAAUAGAGGCUUUAUCGGAGCGCUACUGGAAGAUUCGGUGGGUAGGAUCCUGGAAGGGAAGACGGAGAUUGAGACGGAGAUGGACGAGGAGUUGAAGAUGGAGGAGGAUGAAGAGGAAUUUUCAGAGUGUCAUACAAGUGUGGAGGACUUUGAACAGGAUUCAGUUGUAUAG